AUGGCCUCGAGCUCACAGGCAGGCCCCAAAGCACGCGUUGCAUCGCAAGCCGGAACUCACACCCUGAUUUCCAUCCUGCAGAAGUGCCGACAAUUGGGAGAACUCGAGCACGACAAAACCGCACUUGAAGCGCAGAGCAAGAUACAGAAGGCCGAGGCUAAGAUGUCGUUACAGAGAGAUUCUGAAUAUCCCGUUGUCCCGGAGAUCCUAAAGCAAGCGCAAGAGGCAGACCAUGCGCGGCUGCUCGAGGUGACAGGCAAGGCCCAAAAGACCAGAGAUAUUCUGGCCCAGCUUUGCGACAAGCUCCUAGUGGAGAUCCGCCCACGCCCCGACCAAAAAAGCAUCAGCCUACUGGAAGCCGUUGGCAAGAAGCAGGAGCACCUCGCGCACGAGCUCAAGGCGCUGCAGGACCUGUCACGAACGACAAUAUCAGAACAGAAGAAAGACACCGCGCAGCUAAAGGAAGAUAACGCAAAUCUGAAAGAGACCAACAUACAACUACAGGGAGAGAUUGCCAGUCUCAAGCAGGAGGUCGCGUCGAGCCGGGAAGGCAUGGCGAAGCUGACUAAUCUGGUCACCACUUUAAUGAGCAAGGUCGACGGCAUAGACACUGCCACGACAAACGUUGGCGCGGAAAUUAGGCAGCUUGAUGUCCGUGCCACGCAACAAAGCAGCCAGGCUGACGCCAUGGCGGAAAAGAUGCAAGGCUACGAUAGUAUACUUGCUGCGAUCGACCCGACCAGCCUAGAACAGACGACUGCUUCCAGUGCUCUCGAGAGGGCGGACAUGGCGAAGAACAUUUGUGAGCAGAGCACGGCUGUGUCAGAGUUACAUAGUCAGGUGGAAUUGCUCCAGACAAGCAUCAAGGCCGGUAACGUUGUGGCAGCGAGAAUUGCUGCUCCUGCUCCUGUGCCUGCUCCUGCUGUAUUCCCCGGGGACGACUUCACGAGUGUUCGGUUUGAAAUCGGCAAACUGGGUGAAAGACUUGCAAAACUUGAGUCGCUCCCCCGAAUCGUCGACGCGCUCAGCAAUUCGCAUCAGCAAGCCGUAAUGGAUCAACGAACCAACACACAGAAGCUACUCAAGGCGAAUGGAGGCUUAUCUGACGUCUUUGGCCACCUGCUCAAACAAGAGACAGCAGCCCGCCGGAAGGACCUGGAGCGGGUGCUGUCUCUGGAACAGAUAGUGUCUCGGUUCGACUCCUCCGCUGCUACUGCAGCCAAGGCAGUCCCUGCGGAAGAAGAAAAAAUCCCAGGUUCCAAAGCGACGCCCGAAGCUUCAAAAGAACCCAGCCCAAAAGACGCUGGAAUGCCCGACAGUGGUGCUAGAGAAGGCACGACGAACGACACGUCGGCGUCGGCGUCAGCCCCGAGACCAGUUGGCGAAGCCAGCGAAGUUCUGGCCGACCCACGCGCGCUCCAGGACAAGCUGACCGCCUUGGAGGACAGCGUGAAGAAGACGGGGGUCGAUGUGGGUGAAAAGUACACCCAGCUGCGGAUGAUGAUAGCGACACUGGAUAAUCAGUUCAACAACCUGACGACUAAGGAUCUUUUUGUUGCCAUAAUUGGCCAGGUGGAGAUACUAUAUCCGAACACGCGGCAGCUGCAACAGGACAUUACGGCUGUCGCCGAUAAAGUUCGCAAACUAGAGCAGGCCAGCACGAGGGCCGAGGCUAUAACGCCACAGAAGAGGAUGCCAAUCAGCAACACUAAUGGUAAUGCUCGUGGUCAACCGGCAGAUGCGUUGACGUCCAAACGACGGAGGCUUAAUGGCGGAACGGCUGCAGAGAACGAGUAG